AUGACCGCCGCAUAUGACGUGCGUCCCCCGCCCCGCCGCCCCGUCGCGCCCAGGAUAUCGCGCGCACCCUCCGAGCCGCUCCCGACCGUCCCGACGCCCGACGCCCCGCCCUGGUCGAGCUCUUCCCCACGCGAAGACGCACUGGUCGCAGAGCUGAGCCGCCUAGCUUCCCAGCACCAUGCAAGUGAAUACAGCCGUCUCAAAUUCGGUCCCAAUGGCUCCCCGCUGGCGUACGUGCCUUACUCGGUGCAAAUGCCGGACCAUUACAGGGAGAUGCAGGCACAUCAGCUACGUUGCGCCCAGCACAAGGCGUGGUGGCCGCACAACCGCACGAUUCCCGCGGUUCCGAAGCGGCGAACCAUUGUCACCGCAAACCUCCGGGAGCAACUCGCAGCUGCGAUGGAGUCCCCCAUCAUUCUUCCUCGGACGUACGAUCGCAAUGUGUCACCUGCACAUGGCUCGCAACCUCGUUGGCAAACAUCGGAAACGCAUCCUAUCGUUAUAUCCACCAUUAUCCCUUCCGAGUUGCUCCCUGCUCUGUCUCUCCACGCCUCUCGUUCUGCUCAACGCUUUCCCGUCAUUUUGACCGUCCCUGGUACCCACCACUUAGAUCGACUAAUUCCCGUUCCAGUCGCACCCGCACCGCAAAAAGUCGCCCCACCCCCGCCGAUUGGUAUUACCCCUCGAUCGCCACCUCUGCCGCCGGUUACAGUGGCCAUCACGAAAGCAUUCAAGCUGUCGAGCAUCUUCUGGGUGCAUCCUACAGUCAAGCGUGCCUUCAUGGGCGGGGCCGACCCCUCCGUCCAGGACACUCGGCAAAGGCGCGCGCGCCCGGUGUCUUUCAUCGCGCCGUCGUCAGCCCGUUCAGAUCGGGAUUUGCAGGAAGUUGUAUGUCCCAUUCGCAAGAAGUCUGUGCUUAAAUCGGCUCCGCCGUCACCCCACGACUUGCGCAAAGAAUUGGACACAGACGCGAGCCGUACCUACUCCAAAACGGCAUUCCUGUCGGCUGUUCCCAGUCCCUCUGUCCCAGUGAUUAGCGUCCAGGUUCCUGCUGUGCCAGUGAUACCUCCGGUUGCAGCUGCGAUGCUGGGUAACUUAUACAUGUCCUCGUGUCCCGGCAAGAAAGUUCGAUUGGACGGCCCCGUGAGAGGCCGGAAUACUGUGUGUAGGGACCUACCUUCAGACCUAACACGAAUAAAAGGAGUCGGUGUAUCCUGUAUUGUUUGUUGCCUUGAUGACCUUGAGCUGCAGUCUCUUGGGGUUCACUGGGCCGACUACGUGCGGGCCGCUGACGAGCUGGACAUGGAUAUCCUACGGCUGCCAACACCAGAAGGCCUUGCGCCAUUAGACCCUACUGCGCUUGAUGCGCAUCUUACACGUCUCAUCGACGACUACACUCUCCGCGGAUCUGCCAUUCUCGUCCACUGUCGAGGGGGUAUCGGCCGAGCAGGUAUUAUUGCCUGUUGCUGGAUGCUCAAGCUUGGAUUGCUAGGCUGGCCGUCUUCUGCGACGCAGACUUCGGCACCCCGUGAAACGGUGAAUCCUGAUACCAUGCAUCUCGUCGAACGGGUUAUAUCCGUCGUUCGCCGCCGUCGGAGCCCCAAGGCGGUAGAAACGUAUGAGCAAGUCCGGUUUCUCGUCGAUUAUAUCGAGUUUCUCCGGAGUCAAGGAGCAACACGGAAUCCAUACUGUAUGGACUUGUUCGCUGACUGGGACACGCAUGUCGAAUGA